GGGUGCCAGAAGGGGCGGGCACGUCCAGGCGUCACCGGUCGCUCCUAACCUGUCAACGCCAAAAUAAAGGCAGCUAAAACUUUCCCUGCUCGGACACUACUUCAUCCUAAGGAAUAUGCAAUGACGCCCAUCAGGAAAUAAUAAUGUGAUGAGGAAACCCCAUAACCACCCACCACGUUGGCUGUUACCGCAAUGCCCGGUGCUCGGCGGUGUUCCGGCUCUCGCUGGGGGGGUCGCAGCUAAGGGAGCUAGUGGGCUGUUAGCUACCAGGCUAGCCGAGGCGCUAGCUUAAGAGUGGUACAGAAAGUGAAGAAGACGGCGGCUAAAGGCGACCUUUACGGACAUAUGCAACUGAUUUCAGGUGAGUGAUGGAAACCAGAGAGUUGACCGUGGUGGCCGGCAGCUUCGUCACCUUCCAGCUGCUCUUCUCGGUGGUCAGUCCGCUGCUCUCUGCGGUCCUCACGCCCGCCUAUGGCCUCGUGCCCGCUAACAAGCUCACAGAGUGGAAUUCGAGGCUUGUUUCCACAGUCCAUGCGCUGGUCGUUGGGCUCUUCUGUCUCUACAUCCUUUGUUUCGACGACAAAGUCAACGCCGACCCUGUCUGGGGAGACCCCACUCUUGUGAAGCUCAACGUAGCCAUCACCUGUGGCUACCUCGUCUAUGACCUGGUGCUGCUGGCAUGUAACUGGAGCACCAUGGGAGACGGCUUCUUCGUGUGUCACCACUUGGCGGCGCUCUACGCUUACGGAUACGUCCUGACUCGAGGCGUACUUCCCUACUUUGCCAACUUCCGUCUCAUUUCAGAGCUGUCCACACCGUUUGUGAAUCAGAGGUGGUUCUACGAGAUGCUGAAGUACCCGCGCUCCCACCGGCUGGUGGUGCUGAACGGCGUGGCCAUGGCGGUGGUCUUCUUCCUGGUGCGCAUCGCCGUCAUGCCGCCUUACUGGGCCAGCGUGUUCGCCACCUUCGGGACGGAGAGCUUCGCGCGGCUCGGCCUGGGCGCCCAGGUGGCCUGGAUCUCGUCCUGCAUCGCGCUGGACGUCCUCAACACCAUCUGGAUGUACAAGAUCGCCCGCGGCUGCUACAAGGUGCUGACGGGCGCCGCCGCGCGGCGCUCCAAGGCGGCGCCGGAGCCGGAGCCACUGGCGGCGCCGCCGCCGUCGCCGCCGCAGGACGCCGUGAAGAACCACGCCGACUGAAGCCGCCGGAGGUGGAGAUCAACGGUGGUGGUGCAGGGGGAGGGGGGGGGUGGGGUUCAAUGUCUUGAACCCCCCCCUCACCCACCCACCUGACCCAAUCAGGCCCCCUGGAGUUCGACUGACAAGCACACGCUAAAGUAACCCGGUCGUGUCCCCCCCCCUCCCUCCCUGUUCCAGCAUCACUACUCCCUUAUCUACUACUACUACUACUACUACUAAUAAUACUCCCUUUCUUUCCCUCACCCUGCCCCUAGUUUCUCUCUCUCUCUCUGCCUUCGACUGAAGGGCCCGAGAGUCCAGAAAAGCAAUAAUUGCAGUGGAAGGAAAAAUCAGCGGAUUUGAUCAGAAUCACUUUCUCCUCACCGCCACCUCCUGUCCGUCAUUAUCACCUCCACCUCCCCGUCGCCACCUCCUCCUGCCCCUCACUCAUCACUACCACCCCCGUCCUCUGCUUCCUCUAUCCCCCCCCCCCACCCUCCCCCAGUCUUGUUGAUGAAGCUAUGAAAACAGUUUCUGUCGUCUUGUUAUGGUCCGGUUUAUUCUGCAGUCCUCCCAUCGUUCCCCCAUCUCCCCGAGCCCCGCGACUCAGAACAGAGGUCUCCAGGAAACACACAACCAGACAACCAGACACACGGACACACGGACAGACACACAGACCAGGGUGUCACGUAGGCCGGGGACGCUAGGACACCAGCUCACAACGCCCUUUGACCUCUGACUGGUGGGUGUGGGGGGGCCAACAGUGCGUGCUCCGGUCGGGAGCAGAGGGGGGACACUGACAUCGACUCAGUAUUUCUCAUGCGGGACACGGAGGCUGGCUACCCUGGGACCCCCCCCACCACACACACACACACACACACGGCGUCCCCCGCGCCCCGGUCCGAUGAGACCCCUCAACAGUUAAUCACAAACCUCUGCCUCAGCGGCCAGGGGAUACUUCGGUUGAGCCGGUUGUUUUGGUUGCGUUCUACCUCUCUUCCCUGCCUUAUAAAGACUACAGGAGGACUCACUCCAGCCCUCUGCGUUCACUGUCGCACUCAGCCCAAUGGUUAUUGCUUGUGUGUGUGUGUGUGUGUGUUUUUUGUUUUUCAUUUUCCCGUACCGAGGGGGUUUUAGUAAUGGGAAGAAUCAAAUCCGAUGUGUAUCUCCAUCACUCGUUCAUUGAACCCAAGAGAGCUUUUUAUCUUCUUUAUUCUCUUUGUUCUUCUUUUGCUCUCUCUCUCUCUCUCUCUCUCUCUCUCUCUCUCUCUCUCUCUCUCUCUCUCUCUCUCUCUCUCUCUCUCUCUCUCUCUCUCUCUCUCUCUCUCUCUCUCUCUCUCUCUCUCUCUCUCUCUCUCUCUCUCUCUCUCUCUCUCUCUCUCUCUCUCUCUCUCUCUCUCUCUCUCUCUCUCUCGUGUCGCUUCAGUCGAUUAGCUCUGGAGAUUUCCUCUGCCACCCCCGUUCAUACGCUAACGUUGACAUGCUAGCGUUUAUCUGCUAGCUCACGGGCAUCUCCGUGGUUCUUAGUGACGCUGUGACGUCUAUACACGCGUGCGUUCGGCGUGUGCUGUACAAUACUCCCCGCACAGAAUGUCUGUCCCGUGAAUGAUCCUGGUAUACUAUUAUACAGAGAACGACAGAUAAUCACACAUGCUCAAUCGGUUCGGGAGUAGAGCCCCGAGGUGGCUAGCCAUGUGCUAACAUAAGCAGCUAGCUGCUUGUUCUGGUUUUAGUUUUUACUAUAACUUUGGAUCAUUGAUAACCUCGCUAUAAAGCAUGAUUAAUAUACAAUUUUUUUGGAGGCCUUAGGAAAAAUAGAUUGAAUAGAUGAAUGAGACCUCUAAAUAUACACGAUUUUAAUGUUAAUCCAACGAUUUAAUGUUAAUCCAACAAGGGUUUCUCUACCCCGAUUUCUUUUUUUUAUAAGUCUAGUGCGUUGUGUCUCUUCUUCAGAGCAGAGUAUAUGCAUGUAUUGGUUUAUUUAUGUGUGCUGCUCUGGGUUAGGGCCAGAGGUCGUCUGAGAAGUCGACCGAUCUCUUCCUUCAAAGAGGAGGGGUUGUCCAGGGAUAAAGACCGCCCAGUAAUAAUUGCCCAGUAAAAAUUUGAAAUUACUCUAAUCUGAAUUGACUAGGUCUUGGGAGAAGGCUGGGUCUAUUUUUGUUUCAGUUUGACCCCCUUUCGGUCGGUCAGUUGGUGGAGGUGUGCGGUCGUGCGAUGAAGGACGACAGACUCACUGUGUAACCUCUACAUCAGGCGAACCCUGACCCCCUUUCUGUCUGCCUGCCUCUACCAACCUGUCUGUCUGCCUGCCUCUACCAGCCCGUCGGUCUGCCUGUCCCUACCGGUUCGUUUGCCUCUAGCUGUCAUCGGUCUGUCUGCCUCUAGCGGCCUGUCCCCAUUACCUGUCUCUCUGUCCGUCUCUACCUGUCUGUCUGUGGCUUCACACCAGCAGGGGCUGUGAUUUGUCUAACAACCCUUUUCUUUGUUCUUUUAGCAUGACCUUUGCCCUUUUUUAAAGCUGAAAUCCCCCCCCCCCCCCCCCCCCUCCUUCUAUAUUCCUAAUAUGAAUACUGUAUAUAAUGUAUAUGUAUACUGUAUAUAUGUAAAAGUAUACUGUAUAAUGUAUAUGUAUACUGUAUGCAUAUAUUUUUGUAACCUGCCUGCACAAUGAAUAAUCCGGCCAAGUAUUAUCGUAGACAUCAUCUGAGGGGGGUCUCCUUCCUGGAGGGGGGGGGGGGAAUCAUGUGUGUGGACGGGGGUCUGGCUCCUGUGAAUGUGAUGCGGCAUAAUGAGCAUCUUUUAAUGCCCAUGGGGAUGAGACUGGAACUCUCAAUGAACACACACGCGCAUUAAAUUAUAUUUUGGACUUCUUCCUCGUGUUUUGGGGUCGCGGACGAGCCGAGAUCCUGUACUCCUGUCCGGCUGACCUCUGGAACUUUAAAAGCUGUGAAUCCGUUACAACGGUGACUACAUCGAGGGUCUGACAUGGAGAGGGGGGCGCGGGUGGUGUGGUGGGGACCCCGUCAUGAGACUGAUAAGGAGGAGCUGGGAUAACGUCAUCAUCGGCCCGUUUUUGUGUCGUAGUUUUAUUUGUCUUUUAUUUUUGUACGCCACCUUUGGAUGCCUUUUUGAGUUCAGACUGGUACUAGGACUCUGGUUUCAGAGGGUGUCCCGUGGAUCUCUGCCUCCGUAGGGGUGGGGGGGGGGGUCCCGGGUACAGAUCAGGUGGCUGGGGUGGGGGGGCGGGGGGGUUGGAGGGUAGGUGUGAUCUCAAUACAAUCGUUACAAUGCAAACGGUGAGGGCGGGGUUGGGGAGGGAAUAAUUGUUUUGGGAAGUUACAAAUUGUCGAUAAAGUUGUGAUUGAUUUGGUGAGGGCAGAUUGUAGAGGCGUAACGAAGAUGCCUGCCGGCUCGCGAUUGGUCCGUUUGACCCGCUGCUCAGUGGGAGCAGAGGAGGCGUCCGAUUGGAUAGCGCCGGACUCUUAACCGCCAUGCUGAGAGGUCACCUGGUACCCAGGGCGACAAGGUCAAUCGAUCCUAUUGUAGAGAUCGGCGGCAUACAGACUUACCAAGUACAACGGCACUUUUUGAUCUUGUACUAACGAUGCACAAUGUGUUAGAAUUGAGAAUAGCCUGACUUAAUGAGGUUGGGUUAAUCGAACAGAAAACAUGAUCUGAAUGAGAAUGAUUAGAGUGAAAACAAUUAAAAUCUUGCCAGUGAAGCUUCUGAUCUUCUUA